CUCCGAGCGGGUUGGCCGUAUGCCUAUAUGGGCGAGCUUCAAUUCCCCGGCGCACCUAGCGUCGCCGAUGAUGAGAGACAGUACAGAGCUCCGUUCCGACGCGCCCCACAGUAUAGAUGGCCCGCGCCGCAGCCCCCGCAACCGUCGGCCUUCGCCCCCUGGCGUAGAGCGCCCGCACCCCCGCGUCCACCGGACUACAGACGUAGCGCAUCGUACCCUGGAAAGCCUGACGAGCCAUACCAGGAACGGAGUGGUUUGGAUAGUAUGCGGUCUCUGGAACACUAUCUCACGGACAUCAUGCGGACAGACACAUCUGAUCACAUGAAAGGUAAGAAAUGUAUUAGUUAUGUGUGGAAUCUCAAACGCAUUUUAAUCUAUCUGCCAGUGGGGGUAAGUCUGCUCUGGACUUCUUUAUCCAUUAUCGCAUUACGCAUAUUGUAUAUCAGUUUCCAUUAUCAUCGGCUCUUUUACAUCCCUUCUGCAGGGCUCAGGCCUUCCUUAACGAUGGUUAAGGAAGGCCAUGAUUCUCCACGCUAGCCCGACGCGGAUUGGAAGGUAUUUAACGACAGCAAAUGCAGCCGGGACGAACGGCUUAAC